CACACACACAAAUACACACACACUUCCGUGUUGAUGACACUGCGGGCGCGUGAGACGGAGCCGGUUUUCGGUGCUGUGUAGUGUGUGUGCGCAGUGUGUCGAGUGUGUGCAGUGUGUCGAGUGUGUCGAGUGUGUGGUGUGUGUUUCUUCGAGUGUUUCGAUUGCCGCGAUGUUCCUCCGAGUCGUGUGUGUGUUCUGUGUUUUCAGCUGCGUGUCAAUGCAGUAUGUCCCUCCGUUCACAGAGGACUGUCGGACAGGGAUGUAUCCACCCAACGGCCCAACGUUUAAAGGUGCAGUUACUUGGUACACCGUUGACCUUGACUUGCUCCCCAGCAAACGAUGGACAGAAAUCAUCACGGAUAAGAAGAAUGAGCUGAUAAACAUGGUUCAGGCCAUCAAAGAUCUGGCAGAUGAGUUUGUCCCUAGUGGCCGCCUUGAGGAGCUCAUUGACAAGGCUUUGCCCUUGAUGGUCGACACUCUCCCGUAUCCUUUCAACGAAGAAAUCAAAGGAAUCGCAGCAGCUUCCGGAGUUCCUUUGGGCGAGGUCGUUCUUUUCAACAUUUUCUACGAGAUCUUCACCGUGUGCACUUCACUGGUCGCUGAAGAUCCUGAUGGAAACCUCAUUCAUGCUCGGAAUUUGGACUUCGGGCUUUUUAUGGGCUGGGACAUCAAGAACCAGUCAUGGGUGAUCACAGAGCUGCUGAAGCCUCUUGUGGUGAACGUGGAUUUCCGGAGGAACAACAGCACCGUGUUCCAAUCCACAAACUUUGCCGGCUACGUGGGCAUGCUCACCGGCGUCCGACCUUACAUGUUCACCCUCACAAUGAACGAGAGAUUCAGCUUGGAUGGAGGCUACAUCGGUAUUCUGGAGUGGAUUCUGGGGAAGAGAGACGGCGUAUGGAUGAGCUUUCUGACUCGUUCCGUCUUAGAAAACGCCACUAGCUAUGCCGAGGCUAAGAAGCUGCUUUCGGACACAAAGCUGUUGGCUCCUGCGUACUUCAUUUUGGGAGGCAAUCAGAGUGGAGAGGCGUGCAUCAUCACCCGCUCCCGAACACACAACCUCAACCCUCUGGAGUUGGAUGUUCAGCAUGGCCGUUGGUACGUGUUGGAGACAAAUUAUGACCACUGGAAGAUGCCACUUUUCCUUGACGACCGUAGAACCCCAGCCAUGAAGUGCAUGAACCAGACCACACAGGCUAAUGUCUCCAUUAAGACGGUGUAUGACGUCCUGUCCACUAAACCCGUCCUGAACAAGUUAACUACUUACACUACACUGAUGGAAGUGUCUAAGGGGAAGUUGGAGUCGUAUAUCCGAGCCUGUCCAAACCCCUGCAUGCCGUGGUGAUCUCACACUCGUCUCUCCAGAACAGAACGUUUUUCAUAACGAGUUCAUCCUGCAAAUAAUAUCAAAUAUUCUUCAUUAUCAUUUUAUAAUCAAAAUAAUCAUAACACUCGUUUUAGUCAUUAAUUCCACACAACACUCCUCUGCUCAGAACAUCAUCUAUCUAUCUGUCUGUCUGUCUGUCUGUCUGUCUCUCUUUCUGAGCAGUUUCCUAGCAAAUUGUUUAUUAGAGUAUUUCAGGUUGAGAUGCUGCUACUCAGUGUAACUAACCACACACACACACACACACACACACACACACACACACACGACCUAGGUAUGAAUGUGCACAGCUGAUUGGUGUAUUAUGUGAGUAGAUUAUACACAGUAAUAAUAAUAGUAACACAUCAAUGCGCUUCAUAUUAUAAUUAUACUUUAUGAUGCUUAAUUACAAUCAUGUUACUAUGGGAACACUUGGGGGGGCGGAGCUAAGCAGAGGCUCCCCAUGAGCUACAAAUGGUCUGAACUUGAACUUGUGUCAGUGAAUUACAUGAAUUAUGUUCAGAAUAAUUUUUUUAUACCGGAUUUCAGAGAUGCAUAAGAUUACAGCUUCACACUCUUUUAUUUUUAUUUUAUGGAUUUGUGUUUGAACAGUUGAAUCCUGUGAUUUUGAAAUGAAAACUGUUUGCAGUGUUGUUGAAAAUAAAAUUAAAAAACUAUACUAACA